GCUUCUUUCCGUUCUACACAACACACCGACAUCUCUCUCUUCUCUUUUCUCUCUUCUCUAUCUGAAAAAUCAGUGCUCUUUCAUUACUCUGUAUGUUCCGCACUUUCUUUCUCGCAAAGACCAUUUCUCUAAAGACCUCUACGUAAUCUCGUUUCGAAUACCUCCCGGUUCCUGGACUGCCCGCAGCUCCAGAAGUCGUAUUCUUGGCAACCCCCCAGGCCCCAGAUGGAGAAAGAGCCUCUGCUGCCGUAUCUGAGCCCAAGAAGAAAGCCAACACCGCCGCCGCCGGUUCUAGCACCACUUCCAGAGCACAACGAGAUCUCUCUUCCUCUAACCCCUUCUGAGCUCAAAGACCGCCUCAUCUUUGGCCCUUCUUCCUCUUCCCCACAAGACGCUUCCCCUCUGGUCGAUGCCUUGACCCUCUCUCUCGGCUCCCGAAGACCCUCUUCUUCUUCAACUUCUGUAGACCACCCUACCCCGCAAGACCCUCAAUCACAAUCGCUGUUACAGUCCCCACAAGGUUGGCUCCUCGACCCCAAUAAUCCAUGGACCAAGAUCAAUCUUCACCGCUCUAAGACCGCGCCAGCCAUGGCUGCAAUCAACGAAAUUAACCACCCCUCUGUGCCUACACCGCCAUUUGGGUCCCAAUCGAUUGUUCGCCAAGCGUGUGUUCUUCUUAUGUUGUAUUUGUUCUUAGGAGUGAUUAUAUAUUGGUUCAACAAGGACGAUUUCUCGGCGGAUGAGACCCACCCGGUAGUGGAUGCUCUGUAUUUCUGCAUUGUGACGAUGUGCACGAUUGGCUAUGGUGACAUUACGCCGGCAAGCACAGCAACCAAGUUGUUUUCGAUAAUGUUUGUGCUGGUGGGUUUUGGUUUUAUUGAUAUUUUGCUUACUGGGAUGGUGAGUUAUGUGCUUGAUUUACAGGAGAGUUACUUGUUGAGGACCGUGAAGAAUAAGGGUGAGAGGGAUACCCCAAGGUCGUACAUAGUUGAUGUGAAGAAAGGGAGGAUGAGGAUUAGGAUGAAGGUGUCAUUGGCAUUGGGGGUUGUGGUUCUUUGUAUUGGGAUUGGUGUUGGUGUAAUGCAUUUUGUGGAGAGCCUUUGUUGGGUGGAUUCGUUUUAUCUAUCAGUUAUGUCCGUCACGACAGUUGGGUAUGGUGACAGGGCAUUCAAGUCCUUGCCGGGUCGUAUUUUUGCUUCAAUUUGGUUGCUUGUUUCAACACUGGCGGUUGCUCGAGCCUUUCUGUACUUUGCCGAGGCAAGAGUGGAUAAGCGGCAUAGAAUGAUGGCAAAGUGGAUUCUUGGUCAGGAUAUGACUGUUUCUGAGUUUCUUGCUGCUGACAUUGAUAACAAUGGAUUUGUGAGUAAAUCAGAAUACGUCGUAUACAAGCUCAAGGAGAUGGGAAAGGUAUCGGAGAAAGACAUUAUGCAGAUCUGCAAUAAAUUUGAUAGGCUAGACACUGGAAACUGUGGAAAGAUAACUCUUGCUGAUCUCAUGGAGACUCACCAUUGACAUUAAAGUACCCUUGGUAAGGUUAUUCUUAUAGCACCAGCGAAAGGCAGGAGAGAAAUACUGUAUGUUUUCUAUUCAAGUUGCAUAAGAUGAUAGAGGAACUUCACUACCUUAUCAGUUGUUCCAGUUGCAAGUUCGUACUAUUCACCCUGGUCAUGGAUGCUGGAGUGCUGGGUUUUGGUUCGAGUUUAUUCAACCAUAAUGAGAGCAUAUGAAGUAUGAUCGUUACAAUUGCAUGAUAAAACACCACCUCCCGGCAGUUUUGUUGCCCACUCGUGUGGUAAGAUGGUGAACAUUACCAUCUGCCAACUUGCUCCUAUCCGUCGUGGCAUGCAUGGUGGAUCAGGGGUUUGGAUAUGCGGAAGAAUUUUGCCCAAUGGAAGCUAUAUUUGCUUUUGCUCAAGUUCUUUUGGGAGUAUUUUUUACGAAGGUUGGGAUUUAUUCUUUUGCAGAAACCUGAAGGAUAAAAGAUUAAGCUCAAUACUUCUAAAGUUUAU